AUGUAUCCGUAUCUGAAACUCGGCCUCCUCUUAAAAGUAUCAAGAAAUCGUAUUCCGGUUUGCGCCAAUGGCAUUUUGGCUAAGCGGCAGUCAAUGACGGCUGUAGCUAGAGCUGAUCCUGAUAGGAUCGGCGAAGACAGUGCCAAACAGAGGUGCCUCAGCUCCUCAACGGCAACAUGA